AUGCCUGGAAUCUUACCCAUGAAAGUGAUCAGGGUCGGCGGCACUCAAAGCCGGAUCGCCCAGGCCUGCGACCGAUGCCGAAGCAAAAAGAUUCGCUGCGAUGGUAUCCGCCCAUGCUGUACACAAUGUGCCAACGUCGGAUUCGAGUGUAAAACGAGCGAUAAAUUGAGUCGCCGAGCGUUCCCUCGUGGAUAUACUGAAUCGCUGGAGGAACGUGUGCGGACCCUGGAAGCGGAGGUGAAGGAUUUGAAGGACCUACUGGAUGAAAAGGACGAGAAGAUCGACGUUCUAUCACGCAUACAUUCGUUUUCCUCGCCAUCCCAACGAGCCGCAUCAAUCCGAUCGCCGUCUACGACCGGAACGAUCAAAUCCCCAGUGUCGGACGCAGGAGAAGGAGUGAUUCAUGUCGCGAAAUCGCUCACCCAGUCUGGAUCUAAGAAGCCGACUCAAAAUCCAUAUGUCGCCUUUUCUACUAUCCAGGGUUUUGCUUAUGCCUUCAAUGAUAACCUUGUCAACCAAGGAAAAUCGUCAUCGAAACUCUCUAUUGAGGCUCUCACGAAACUAUCCGCGCCUCUUUCUCGUGGAUCUCCUAACCAGGCCAUCAAAACUCCGCCACGCUUGGUUUCGGAUCAACUCAUCAAUAUCUUCUUCCAGGAAUGGGCGCCGUUGUACCCGGUGGUGCACCGGCCGACCAUUUUGAAAGCUUACGGAGAGUACUUGAGCAACUCGGACUCAUUGAAACUCGAUGUUCAUGUUAUGGCUCAGUUGAACUUGAUUUUUGGAAUCGCAGCUCUAUCCUCCAGCUCGCGAACCAACCAGGACCCUGCUUUCUUUGAGCAGAACUGGACUGCCUCACUCGAUUCGUUCACCGGCGAAACUUCCAUCGGAAGCUUGCAGUGUUUCAUCUUGGCACAGCUGUACUGCAUGACCAAGGGCGAUUAUCGGAGCAUGUUGCGCUACCGUGCCCUUGCGGUGGAUAUUUGCCACCAGUUGGAACUGCACCAGAACCAAACAGAUUCGGAAUUCAGCCCACUGGAAGCUGAAACCCGCAAGAAAGUUUUCUGGUGUCAAUACACUGUGGACCGCUUCUCCUCGGUUCUCACUGGAAUGCCCGUUCUCCUGCGCGAGAGUGACAUUGAAAUCGAGUAUCCCGUCGAUAUCGACGAUGAGAAUGUCACCGAAUCUGGCUUCUUGCCAACACUUCCGGGUGAAUCCACCCGCAUUUCGAGUGCUCUUGCACUCUUCGGUGCAUCACGUAUCCUGAACAAGGCUUUGGAGGACCUGUAUCCCUCGAAGGCUGGGUAUGAUGUCCAUGUCGCUAAAUUGCGUUCGGUCGCUGCACAGCUUGAUGAGUGGCUUCACGCCUUACCUGCCCACCUUCGCCUUGUGUUUAGCCAGGAUAAGCCCAGCACCAACGUUACAAGUAGCCGGUCGCCUCUCCUGUCUCUUGUCUACUACUUCAUUCGAUCUUUGAUCCACCGCCCAGCUAUGUGCUUCGCUGAAGAGCAUCUUCGCUCACCGUCAGUCUUGGCCAUGUCUGAUUCUGCAAAGCACAUUAUACAGAUUCUUGAGUUGCUGGAUGAGCGCCGGCUGUGUCUCUCCGUCAGCAUCAACCGCAGAGAGCUGGUGUUCUUCUCAGGCCUGGGUCUUCUAUGGCAGACUUUGAGCGUCAAGCGGGACAGCAAGAUGGCGAAAGAGAGCCAGAAACUACUCUCUACUGUGCUUGAGCAGCUUCAACCGGAGUCAUCAUCUGCUGCAAACGAAUUCAGGACCCUAGCUAGCACCUUGGUCUCAUUGGAUACGAGCGACCACAAAGUUGUGACUGCUAGCAAGCAGUCCUCUGAGAUGGGAGCGCCGACACACAAGCCCAGCCGGUCUCCAAAGAAGCACCUGCAGUCCUUGAAAGCUAGGCUCACCAACAGCAACAGUGCCAACAAGGACCAAUCUGUUGCACAGGGCUCACAGUCUCGUCGGAAUACCGUCUCUGGUACCACACCCCCACUCUACUCUCAGUCCCUCCGGUCUCCUAGCUGGACAAGUCUUCCCCCCUCUCAACAAGACCAGACCUCCACCGCUGCAUUCCCCACAGAAAGAGGACACUCUUUCGAUCUUGGGACUGACCCACGGCAUCUCUCUUCAUCCAUGGGAUAUGAAAACCAUCGGACCUUGUCAUGCUCCACUCCCUCGGACGUCACUGCCGGGGCCAUCACUAUGGCUGAUUGGGAGUACGUCUUGAGCGAUAUGGACCGCGGCUAUUCGAAUAUUUUCACCGGCAUCUACGGCGGUAGUGAAUGUGGCGAAGAUCCUGGUCCAUUCGCCUCGAUCACGGCUGAAUACGGCCGCAAGUCUCAUGACGCGACGCUCAGCAUUCCCGCUCCGUUAUCGAAUGACCUGCAUGAUUUGUCACCCGAAGCGUGGUCCGCCAGCAGUGGUGACUACUCUCUGACAAAUGAACACACCACACAAAGUGUACCAAGCUACUCUGGCGAGAGCAUGGCUAGUAACGAUGAUACCUUCACCUCCCUGGCUGAUGCCUCGGUGCGUCCUGAUGACAUGGGUCUUUUAGAUCCAUUCCAAGGACUGGCCAUGCCCGGCAAAGACGAGAUGGAUGAGUUUGGCCUAGUCAACGGCUGGGACCGACGGCUGGCCGUUUGA